AUGGAUGUGCAGGAGACCGCUGCGGGGUCACCUACCGCGUCCGGGGAACCCCUGCUUCCUCCUCUACCUCCCAAAGUGGAGGAGACAGACCUCACCUCGUCUAGCGCGAUGCAGGCGGUCGGUGAGGUGAAGGCGGAGAACAAAAUGGAGGUGGAUAGUCAGCCAGUGGACGAGAGGAAACCGAAAGUAGAGAAGGAAAUGAAAAGGCCCGGUGAUGACGAUGAACCACUCGUUCUCGAUGUUUCCCAGGUACUCACCCCUUUUAACCUGUUUUUGCCUACUUCACAAGUCACCCGGACAUUACCUUCCCCCUAUCACCCUUUCUCCCGCUGUCCACUAGCACUUAUACAGUCUUUUAUUGACAACGAUAGUUUGACUAUGUAA